AUGGGAUUAGCAGAUUAUUUAAGUUCAGCAGUCGACGCGGUCUACUCAGUUGGGUACGCAGAUGAGGGCGAGGAGCAGCCACAGGAGCAGCCACAGGAAGAGACACAGGAAGAGCCACAACAGGAAUCUGAAGACAAGGAAGAGGAGGAAGAAGAGGAGGAGGAAGAGGAGCCAGAAGAUAUCUACCCAGCUAUCCGUGAAGAAUGUGAGAACAACUCCCACGUCGCUCACUUGAAGCACCACUUCGAGCACUGCAACGAAAAAGUCGAAGCAGGCAAAGGAUUCGAAGGCGAGAACUGUGCUGAGGAAAUCUUCUUGCACGCCGUCGACGACUGCGCUGCUCCAAAGCUCUUCACGAAAUUGGUCUAA